AUGCGUCUGCUUGCCUCAGCUGCAUUUGAUCGGGGCAAAGGUGAGGACACUUUUGGAAUGAGAGACGAGGAUUGGCUAGUCUACAACAAGAUGAGCAAAGACAAUGAUGAUGACAGCAAUGAUGACGAUGAAUCAGAACUUGUUCGAAUCGCAUCGAAGCUCCAGGAGAUCGAUCCUACAUUUGUGUCCAAAUCCGAAGCUGUUCAACUGACUCCAGAGCCUCCCAAAGUCCGGCCACUCACCGCAGAGGAUUACAAGAUUGCCAUUGGGAUCGAGCGGUUCCGCUGCCCUGAAGUCCUCUUCCAGCCAGGCAUGAUAGGAAUCGACCAGGCUGGCAUUGAUGAGAUGGUCAGCAUCUCACUCAGGAGAUUAAUGGAGGACGAGUCUGUGAAGGAGCGCCUCUGCCAGUCAAUCCUUGUCACUGGCGGGAGCUCCCUGUUCCCUGGCAUGAUCCCUCGGCUGGAGUCUGGGAUACGGCAAUAUCGGCCCUACCUCGCUCCCCUGAAGCUUGUCAGAGCAGCUGAUCCCAUUUUAGACACGUGGAGGGGUGCUGCUGCCUUUGCGGCAUCAAGCAAGUUUGGUAAACAAACUUUCAGCCUAGCAGAUUACAGAGAGCAUGGAGAGAACCUGUUUCAUCGGUACAACAUUGUGUACUCGCUAUAA